AUCAUUGGUUUGCGCCUUUUAGGCACGAAUUUCAAACGGCGAACAACUGGCGCAUUUUCAUUUUUCGGGUAUUUAAUGUUUUCCGAGCCGUCGUCAGGCCGAGAGCUUGUGAGCAAGAAAGUUAACUGAGCGGCUGCUUUGAGAGAAGCAAGAGGUCACUAUUUAUAUCAACAGCAACAAACGCAAAGGACUACACUGUAUGUUUAUAUAUGUAUGAUAUUGAAGGAGCCAUCAUGAAAUGUCCUAGCUUCGAGGGAGCCAGGGGCAACAAAAUGGAGAAAAGCUCCACUGGCCCUGCAGUUGUGACUGCUGGGACCAAGAUGUCUCACCCCAAAACCACCCCGAUGAAAGGUCACAACCCUGUCAAACCUCAGUUUUCACCUGGUGAUGUGACAGCAGAGUUGUACUCUCUCAACACCACCACCAGAGCAAUUCAUAACAAAGAAAACAGCAACAAUAGGGAGAAUGACAGAGCUUUGUAUGAAGGCUUUGAAGACAGUGGCUACUUGUCUCUGCACAACAGUCAGAUUGAUGAUCACCAUGGGGAAGAGGAUGACAGCCACGUCCAUCGACAACCUCCGGCGAGCCCCUGCAGUCUUGCAGCACAUCAAGAAAAGACAAUAACUCCGAGGCAGUCUCCCUAUAAAUGCCAUGGAAAGACUAGCCCCACCUGUCUCGGGUCUUUAGUCACUGCUUCCACUCCAACAAUUUGUCCAGGGAAUAAAGUAUCUACACACUCAUUGUCGUCCACCCCCGCCAACCUGCCCAUACUGAAGUACCAGCAGGCUGUGUGUGAGGAGCUGGCCAAGAGCUUUGAGAGGAAUAAGAGGUAUGACUGGAGUGUGGUUGAUAAGCUGGCAGAGGAGCACCUUUUGGACAGGGUAAUUGGACGCCAUAUGGGACAGGAGUACAUCGACGUGUUUUCUUCACUGCUGUCAAGGAACAUGAGAAACAUCCUGACCUCCAUACUGGCUCUGCUGGGAGACAUGGAUCUUAUCAGCUGUAGGAAAGUGAGCAGAACAUGGAGGAAGAUCAUCUGUGAGGACAAUGCAGCCCUCAGCAGGUGUCAGCGAGCUGAGCAAGCACUCAGAGAGUCAAGGAGCUCUCUGGGACAGACGGGGUGUGGUCUGACAAGAGAUGUAGCUGUGUCCCGAGUGGUGCUUUCCUGCAUGCAGACCCUGGCCUCCUCUACUCCUUCGUCAUCUUCCUCCUCCACCCCGAGCUGCAGGACCAGCAGACGGGUCUCCCUCUGUCAGAAGGACCACACACACAACUCCCAACAUACACGCUUUGAAAAAUACCUGGAGGCUGCCAGUAACCUCAAGCAGCACGAGUCACUGCGCCCCUGUAGGCGUUGCAGCUCACCUGCCACAUAUUCAGCAGAGGCUCAGAGGGCCACCUGUACGCAUCCCAGCUGCCUGUUUGACUUCUGCACUCGCUGCCAGGAACCUUUCCACAGCUCAUCCCCCUGCAGAGUUGUGCGGCCCCGCUCCAACCUCCAUUCUUCCAAAUCGACCCCGAUUCUACCAGGGAGCGCUCGCAGCAAGAGGAACCUCAGGCGCCUUUGAGGACUGUGAUGGAUGUUACGUCUGAAUGAAGCUCAGGGUUGCUCUGGAUGUGGAUUUACUUUUGAGAGCCCAGAGUUAGCUAAAAUGGGAUGGGGCCUUUUACUUUUGAGGGAAAACAGACUGUUCCUGUCAAAAGGGAGGAACCUAAUUCUGCCCAUAUUUGGCCAAACGCACCCACACAUUUAACUGCCAUGAUGCACCUUUGAUCAACAAUAGACUUAUCAGAGUAACUUUAUUUUAUUGGAGUUUUAUUCAGUGACUUUUCAGCUGGUGCUAAAGAUGAGCUUUAGCCUGGCAGCCUGGUGAUGUCUGUUUCACAUUUGCAUCGGCCCCCUUUAAAAUUCUGGCCAGUGGGGCCAAUUUUACACAAGCUGUGGCUGAAAACGACUAGCCGUAGGGUAGUGUGGCAGUGAAACCUCAUUGCUCUACACAGAACUGCCUCUGCUCAAAGCCAAAGUGAAAUGAAUUAAAGCACUGUAUUGUUCAAUACAGCAUAAAGGGACAAUCAACAUGAAAAUACCAUCUGAGCAAGUUUUGUCAUCAGUAAAUGACAAGCACAUCCAGCGCCAAAAAGAGUUUGUAGAAUUGUACAGAAAUUUUAAAGAAUUUUGUUUUUUAAAUGAAAUGGCUGUGGAUAUAUUUUGUAUGUCACUCUUUAAAUGUAAAAUUUUUAAAUAGUUUUUUACAGUUUUAUUUUUUUCAAUAAAUGUUGAUCUUGAGGAGAUCUGUGUCAUGUAUAAUAUUCAUGUCAUGUAAAUAUAUAUAUUUCUAAAACCUGA